AUGAGCAGUUAUGAAUAAUUCUUGCUAUUGAUUAAGUUAAUAACAAACACAUAGCUCUAUUAUGACAGAAUUGUGAAUGAUAAAAAAUUACUAUCAAAACAUAUAUUAGAAUUCAAAUAAAAAAUAUAUCACUUAAUAUUCUCGUUGAUUAAAUUUAAAUCUUAAGAGUUUCAAAAAGAAGUUUUCGAAUUGAUUUUAUAAUAGAAGUAAAAGAUUAUGAUGCCAUUUAAAAAAUGAUUUAAGAUACUUCUAAUGCAUAGACAUUCUUAAAUGGUUAUUGUAAUGGGAAGGUAGAGUUUUCAAUUAUUUUUGGGAAGCAAAUUAAUUUGCAAAAGAAAGAGUCACGCUAACUAAAGAUGAUUUUAAUCCUUAAUUAAAUAUGACUUGGGAUACUGAGAAAGAAUAGAGAGGAUCUCAUUAUCAUAGAUAUGAUUAUUAUUUUCCAAGAAAUUUUGAGGGGUUUGGGUUAAAUACAAAAAAUUAUGGACCUAAUUAAGAUUGGAUCUAAAUGGAUGUUAAUCCUGAAGAAUGGAUAAUUAUGUAACAUGGUAAUUCAAUAGUGAGAAAUAAUUUUAUAGGUAGUCCAAAUAAUGAUUAUUCGUUCGAAAAAUUUACAAAUGAAUUUAAUAGAGGUUUAUUAUUAGGAAAUGGAAUGUAUUUCAGAUGA